GUUUGUUGUCAUUGUGUGGUUGUCAUUGUCAUAUUUUUGGAGAAAUUUUAUAAUUUUGUUUUAUUGUUGAGUAGCUAUUUUAUAAUAAUUUAACAAAAAUGUGUAUUUGUUCUGCGUACUUAUUUUUUUUAUUUAUACCAUUAAUAACUGGUAACAAUACAUCAACCUCCAUUAACAUGAUAGUCUCCAAUAUCACUACAGCCACAUCGAAAUCUGGAAGCAAUUCUAAUGAAACCAAAUUGUUGAUGCUAAGUGAAGGUGGAGCAGUUUUACCAAAACUUCCAUUAUUAUCAUUGCCAAAGGAAAAUCAUACAAAUCUGAUCAUAUUAGAUAAAGAAAUCGGAAAGCCUAAAGAAAAAUCAAUCGUCCCCCGCAAGGGUGUCGUUUAUAACCCCUUGGAGGAUAGCUCUAUUAGUACCAACAAUUCUCGUAAAGACAGGAUAGACACUACUGUUACUAAUACAUCAAUCGGCAAUGAAACAGUAACUACAACAAAAAUGCAUAAAUCGAAAUCUAUGGAAUCUGCAAGUAAUGGAAAAUUACUAAAUACGACUUUUUCUAAUAUUACCAUAGAAUCCAAACCAGUCAGAAAACCAUUAAUUCUUUCAUAUGAAUCACAUGGUGAAAAAAAUGUUGAAAUUAUGAAAUCUAAAAUAGAAACGUCAUCAAAAAGUAUUGUCACCGAUCAACUUCCAUCACCCAAUGUUAAGGUACAAACAAGCACUAAUAGACAUCCAGGCAUGGUUAUGCCUGUUGUUAUAACUAUGUUGGUAGUACCUAUGUUUGCUGUUCUUGGUUAUUUGGCACUACGCAGAGGUCAAGAAGCAUGGAAGAAUAGACAUUAUAAGCGAAUGGACUUUUUGCUUGAUGGUAUGUACAAUGAUUAAUACUAGCCUAUAUGUCCCCAGGUACAAUACAUACAUUGUUAUUGCACCAAUUUAAUUGUAUGUGGUUGUGUACGGAAGUAGGAUGAGUAUAAUACUCACAUGUUACAUAUUGAUGUGAUAAAGUAGCAAAUUGUGAAAGGCUUGACUCAGAUCAAACAAACAGCUAUGUUAUAAAAUAUAUAGUUGUUUUUUAUUUUUACCUUAUUUAGUAUGAAGGAAAUAUCACUUAAAAAAUCUGCAUAUCGCACCCCCGGUGCGACACUGACACUUUUGCAAAAAAUACAAAAACUAGUUAAAUAUGUAAUAAUUGUCCUAAAGCCCCCUUUACUUGGUGCGAUAAUGUUACUUUUGUAGAUGAAUCAUACGGAACUAUGUUCCAUAUAAUUCAUCUUAUCUGUAUCUUCUAAAGUCAUUGUUUUGUGAGGUUACAGAGUUUAAAACUCUUCUCCUGAAAAACUAAAUUUUUGCAUAAGUGACAGUGUCGCACCGGGAGUGCGAUAUUUGUCUUGGUCUGAAUUGACCCUACCAAUUUGUUGUAGGUUAUGAGGAUGUACAAGAUAAAAUGAGAUGUUUAAAACUAAUUGUUAAUUUAUAUACUUGUUACAUUUAUAGGAAUAAAGUAGUAAUAAUGUGGUGCUUCCAUAGUGCCUUAUUGAUAUUAUAAAGUUUUAUAACGUUUUGUUUCUUAAUCAUAAAGGAACAAAACAUUGUAUGAUUUGUGUAACAAAUACUGUUAAAUGUCUUCCUUUGAGUUUUAAUUACUAAAUUAGUAUUAAUAAAUUACCUUCCUAGAUUAUGACGUUAUUGUGAUAUAUAAAGAAUUUAUUGUUAUAGUAAAAUAUUCUAAGAUGUAUUCAAAUUCAAUCUCUAUUUUUGUAUUUUUUAUCACAUU